AUGAGUCAACCGGAAGAGAAUUCACACUGUAUUACGAUUGGAUCAUUACUAUCAGUUGGUCCAUCCAUAACAACUAAUUCACUUAGUUUUGACCACGCAUUUGCUGUUACUAAUUCAAUAUUGAUGGAAAGAGAAGAUGAAAAUGAUAAUGAUAAUUUCGAUGAUUAUACUCCUAGAUCGAUGUUAAAUCAUUUCAAUACUGUUGCAACUACCGCUGAAAUUAAUUCAAAUAUAUUCACAAAUUCUUCCUUAUCAAAUCUGUUAGAAUUAUUAAUUAGAAGAUCAGUUAAUGAGGCAAAUGCUGAAGAGAUUAGAGAAGUUCAAAGAAGUUCAAGUGAUGGUAAUAUAAAUUCAUUCAUUAAUUAUUCAGAAAUUAUUCAAGAGUCCUCCAAUUCAGCUAUAGCAACUACUACUCCAAUACAGAGUUCUAUAUCCAGGAAACGUCAAUUAUCAAAGAAUACAAGUUGUGAAUUAAUACAUAAGCAAUCUAAAAGAUAUAAUAGCAUCAAUGAUGAUAAAGCUGCUGUCAAUGAGACUAACAUCAAUAAAGAAAAUAUUCAUCCUUCUAGUGAUUCCCUACUAUCUGAAAUUGAUGAUUCAGUAAAAGCUGAACUUGAAGUUCUAUUUCCUAACUCCAGUGCUUCUCAAAAUAAUAGCUUCCAUCCCAUAAACUCGCUCAAUCUUCAUACUCCUACCGAUCCAACUAAUUUCUCAAACAAGGGAUAUCUUGCCAUAUUAGCUCGUGAAUCUUCUAUAAGAAUACCAGAAUUUGUCGAAUGUUUAGAUUACAAACUUAAUAAUCUCUAA